UUAAAUAUAAUUUGAUAAUAAAUUGAAAUGAUAUUAAUUUAAAUAUAAUUCGAUAAAUAAUUGAAAUAAAUUGAACUCGGAUUGUUCUUCAACUCCGUUGCUCGAUAAUUCGAUAAUAAUUGCCAGACGUUGCGCGUAGUUGGACAACAUCUUCAUCUUAUGAAUUCUCAUUAGCUUACGUGACAGAGAUUUCAAAAUCAAUAUUCUAAUCUUUCGCGUGCCUAAUAAUUCGAAUACCUUUUGUGCUUGUUGUGCAGUAGCAGAUAACACGCGACUCGUUGAAAUCGAAUAUGUGCCGGAGGAAAUAACAGGUUAGAUAACAGAAGACGGGCUUCCCCCCCUGUAUCUCGCUUACAUUUUCGAGACAUCUCGAGUUUCCGAGUCGCGUUAUUUCCAUUACUCAAAAGUCAAUCGUCACAUGAGUGUCCGAUUGCCGAUGGAGCACAUCCCGAGCAACGAUUCAUUCACGCGGGUGUUCCUGGAGCACCGGGGCAAGGAUGAGGUAGGACAACUAGUCGGUGCCAAAACCCAUGGCGCAACACCCUUAGUCAUGGCAUGUCGGAACGGGCAUUACGACGUGGCGGAGUACCUCAUCGAAAAAUGUGGGGCAGACGUGGAGCAGCCCGGAUCAGUGGUCUUCGAGGGCGAGACGAUCGAGGGUGCACCACCCCUGUGGUGCGCGGCGGCCGCUGGCCACUUGGCCCUAGUCAAGCUGCUAGUGAGACGAGGAGCCAAGGUGAACUCAAUCACGAAAACUAAUUCCACGCCCCUCCGUGCUGCGUGCUUCGACGGACACUUCGAUAUAGUCAGGUUCUUAGUGCAAUACGGCGCAGAUAUCGAGAUGGCGAAUCGACACGGGCACACAUGCCUGAUGAUCGCGUGCUACCGGGGUCACGUUAAAAUCGCGAAGUUCCUACUCGGCCUGAAAGCGGACGCGAAUCGCAAGUCCGUGAAGGGCAAUACGGCGUUACACGACUGCGCCGAGAGCGGAUCCUUGGAGAUACUGAAGAUACUUGUCCAGCACGGCGCCCAGAUGGACGUGGACUCUUACGGGAUGACGCCACUCCUCGCGGCAGCAGUAACAGGUCACACGCAUAUCGUCGAGUAUCUCAUAGGCAUUCCCCACCUGUUCAGCAGGAAAGAACGUAUCGACGCGCUGGAGUUGCUCGGGGCCACGUACGUAGACAAAAAGAGGGACAUGAUUGGCGCCCUGCAGUUCUGGAAGACUGCCAUGUCGGAGCGAUAUCGGGGAGACGGACCGGUGAUACCAAAACCCGAAUCUCCACCACUCGUAGCCGCCUAUGAUUUCGCCCGAGAGGUAAUCGAACCCGAAGCCCUGGACGAUCUGUUAGCGGACCCAGACGAAAUGCGCAUGCAGGCACUGGUGAUCAGAGAACGAAUAUUAGGACCGGCUCAUCCAGACACUAGCUAUUACAUUAGAUACCGCGGAGCUGUCUACGCGGACGCGGGUAAAUUCCGUCGUUGCAUCGAACUGUGGAACUACGCUCUCGACAUGCAGCAGAGCAUGCUGGAACCGCUAAACCCCAUGACGCAAAGCUCUCUGUUCAGCUUCACUGAACUCUUCAGCUUCAUGGUGGGCGAGGAAGGUAGACAGACGACCAGGGGGCGCAGAGUGCCGCCGGUAAAGAGGGAAGAUCUGUUGAGAGUUUUCGAGAAAGCCGUUAACGAGGUAGCGAAGGGAAAGCAAAUGUUGGACAAGAUGGGCGUUCUGGCGUGCGAGCGCGACUUAACGUUCUUGAACAGAAUCCUCAUCAUCACUCUCCACUUGGCGUGCCUAUUAACACGAGAGACCGGGGAAAAGGAUAGCGAAGAAUACGACGCCUUGCACAAGGAGCUCUACAAGUUAAUCCAAAUAAACGCCAAAGGCAGACAGGGCCGCGACGCACUGCAAUUGGUCCACAGCGAGGACGGUGCGCUGGUUGGCAGGUAUCCCACAUGCAAAUUCCCGUCUCCUCACUUGACCAAGGCCCUGCUGAAAGUGGGCGCGAACGUUGCCGCCCGGGACAACGACGGUAACACGGCUCUGCAUCUUACCGCGCUGCUGCACCCCUGGCGACCGAAUCUGUCGAUCGACCUGCUCGAAGCCGGCGCGCAUCUCGACGCGGUGAACAACGACGGCAAGACGUUCCGAAUGUUGUUGUGCAACAAGGAGCUUUACGACUCGCUGCGCCCGUUGAGGUACACCACGCUCACCUGCCUGGCCGCGCGAGUGGUCAGAAAGACGCAGAACAUGAGCAGAGUGCCCGCGCACCUCCGCGCUUUCGUCGAGAUGCACUAGUAACGUCGCGAUGAGACGUCGUCUAUCAGUGAAAUGCCGCGGUAAACCACCUUAUUCUAAUCGAGAAAGUGUGAUGACUAUGGAAGGCAAUGGUGAUAUAAUUCGGGGCGUCAACCCGAAAUUCAUAAUUCAUUCAUUCUAGCAUUCGAUAUUCACCUUCUUGUACAGGAUUUCAAAAUCGCUCUGACUUCUAGUUUUUUUUUUAUGAGGGUGAUUUUGAGAUGUCCUGUAUAUAAUUAUCAGAGACGAAAAGAUGUCCUCGGGAUGCCCAAGUCUUCUGACAGACGAUAUAAUACGAAGUACACGUGGUCCCAAAAGAAGAUCUUUUGAUAGCUUUCCUCAUAAUGUAAAACAUGUUUCGCAAUAAGAUUUUCGCAAACGAAAAAUACUUUUUAUACUUCAGUUUGACUUUUCUUUUUACGCUUUGUAAUUAAUUUGUAUUCAAUCUAAAGAAAACUCCAAAUAUAAGCGUUUUUUAGAGAUCGCGGGAAUUAUAUUUCACUAUUUUAUAUUCAACAAAAUGGUGCAAUGUACAUUUUAAUUAUGUAUAUACAU